CAUGUAUUAAAGUUAACAUAAUUAUUCAACUUGACUUAAACCUGUUCAAAAACUGCUGAAUCACUUUCAGUCAUCUGGCGGUAGAUAUAACGUGCCAAAAUACGUGCGAGUAAAUAAUAGAUUAAUUUUUACACAAAACAUUCAUUAGUUUUCGCUUAAAUUAAUUACAUUCACAACGUGUGACAAACAACCAAUGAAAUUCCCAAAUGGUUUUGGAUUAUUGUUUACGAAGAUAUAGAUAACAGAAAAAGGAUUGAAAAGUUCAAUUUGAUUCACGAAACAAAUAACAUUACUUUGAUAUUAGCAGUUUAAAGACGCCAUGGAAAUUUCAAGAAAACUAAACCAGUUUGGAGAUUAUGAAGAUACCACUGAUAUGUCUGUAGAUGACUGGGGAGAGAGAUGGAACAAAUCACAGACACAGUUUCAUGUUUCACGAGCUCACCCGAUGUUAGAAAAACAUUACCACGCUUUAACCGAUGGAAAAUCUUCUCUGCGGAUCUUUCUCCCUCUGUGCGGCAAAUCUAUUGAUUUGAAAUGGCUAGCCGAUAAAGGUCAUGAUGUGGUCGGCUGUGAAGGCGUUGAUCUUGGCUGUCGAGAGUUCUUUGAAGAACAAGAUAUUCCAUACACAUCAGAGUCCAUUAAAGGCAUUGACGGCCUCCUUUAUAAAGCCACAGAUGGAAGAAAAAUAGCUAUAUACAGAUGCGAUUACUUUAAAUUGUCAAGCAAUGUGAUAGGAACGUUUGAUUGUGUUUGGGAUAGAGGAUCCUUUGUUGCCGUUGGUGCACACAUGCGUCAAGAGUAUAUUAAUGUUACUAUUCCCCUGUUGAAGAAGAGUACUAAAUAUUUACUGGACUGCUUUCUGGUUGAUAACCAUGUUUUUGGAGGUCCACCAUUUAACUGUACUGAACAGGAUGUCAAAAAAUAUUUCGGUAAAGCAUGUUCCUCACGAAAAAUUGAUACGAAGAAUGCAUUUACGAAGUGGCAGGAGAGCUGGGGAAUCAAGUCUUUCGUAGAGGAGGUGUAUAUGCUAACGCUUAAGUAGAAAUGAUACGAAGUUCAUGUAUGUCAAGAUUGUAGAUAUAUUAAAGGCAAUAAGAGCGAGAUCAUGUCUAGCUUAUUACAUGUUUCAUGUGUGUUGCAGAAUUUCCCAAUGGAAUAACUAUUUCAACAGCAUUACGCCAUCACUGUAUUGUUUUUAUAUGUUUAUCUAAUACAUUUUGCUUGUCAUUAACCUUUAUCGUAUUUGCCAUUUACAUUCUAAGUUGUUCGUGAGGCAAAUGAAAUUUCUAACAACAGCGGAUAUAUGAUAUAUGAUAUAAAUUUGGAGUCGAUUCGGUUCUUUUCUUGACGACCAAAGAAAAGCUUUAACAUUUAAUGCUCCAAUGCUGUUCAAUAUUCGUUGCUUUCAAGAAACAACAAACAUUUUAUUGUAGUCGUCUUUAUAUGUUUUUUUAUUGUAAAUUGUUUAUAUUAAUUGUAAUAUAUGAUACAAAAAUAAAGAUACUUGAUGAU